AUGAAGACCGAUUUCAAGUUCUCGAAUCAGUUGGGAACAGUAUACCGGAAGGGCAAUCUGGUCUACACAAACGAUGGUACAUGUCUGCUUUCACCCGUUGGCAAUCGAGUCACUGUCUUCGACCUGGUCAACAACAAAUCACACACUCUUCCAUUCGCACACAGACUGAACAUUGCCCGAAUCGCUCUCCACCCGAAAGGCCAACUGCUAUUGACGAUCGACGAAAGUGGGCGAGCGAUUCUGUCUCAUUUCCAGAGACGAAUUGUCCUUUAUCACUUCUCCCUCAAGAGCCCAGUCUCUGCACUUGCAUUCUCCGCAAGUGGCAAACACUUCGCUGUUGGCUUAGGCAGGAAGAUCGAAGUUUGGAAGACGCCAUCAACCCCUGGGUCCGCGGAAAGUGCCACUGGAGAUGACUCGGGUGGUCUCGAAUUUGCCCCUUUCGUACGAUAUAGGCAAUACGUCUCUCACCACGACACUGUUCAGCACAUCGAAUGGAGCAGUGACUCGCGCUUCUUUCUCUCCGCCAGCAAGGAUCUCACGGCUCGGAUAUGGAGUUUGGACCCAGAGGAAGGAUUUAUGCCCACAACACUGGCUGGACACCGAACUGCAGUCUAUGCUGCCUGGUUCAGCAAAGAUCAAGAAACGAUACACACUGUAUCGAAGGACGGUGCGCUGUUCCAGUGGCAGUAUCUGCCUCCUGCAGACGUUGACCCCGACGAUGUGAACGAACAAGACGAGCGAUGGCGAAUCACCGAACGACGUUACUUCUUCCAAGAUCAGGCUCAUUUGACGACUGCCGCAUUCCAUCCGGCCUCAAAUCUGCUGGUCACGGGAUUCUCGAAUGGCCUUUUCAUGCUUCACGAGCUGCCGAGCUUUUCUGAGAUCCACAAACUCUCGAUAUCCGCUUCACAUGUUGAUACAGUAUCGAUAAAUCAGACCGGCGAAUGGCUGGCUUUCGGCUCUUCUGCACUCGGACAAUUACUGGUGUGGGAAUGGCAAAGCGAGUCCUACAUUCUCAAGCAGCAAGGUCACUUUGACAGUAUGAACACAUUGACCUACUCGCCCUCAGGCGACAGGGUGAUAACUUGCGCCGACGAUGGAAAGAUCAAGGUCUGGGAUACGACAUCCGGAUUCUGCAUCGUCACCUUUACCGAACACACCUCAGGGGUGACGGCAUGUGAGUUUGCAAAACGAGGAAACGUCCUCUUCACUGCAUCACUUGAUGGUAGUGUACGAGCUUUCGACUUGAUUCGAUAUAGAUGUUUCCGCACGUUCACAGCACCUAAAAGACUGAGUUUCAGCUCAAUCGCCGUGGACCCAAGCGGCGAAGUGGUCGCGGCGGGCUCAUUGGAUGACUUUGAUGUACACAUUUGGAGUGUGCAGACCGGGCAGUUACUUGACCAGCUCAGUGGGCAUGAAGGUCCAGUUUCAAGUCUGGCAUUCUCGGCUGCAGAUGGCAGUCUGGUGUCAGGCAGCUGGGAUCGCACAGUCAGGAUAUGGUCGGUGUUUGGCCGAACACAGACGUCCGAGCCGCUACAACUUCAAGCAGACGUAUUGGCUGUCAGUGUUAGGCCAGACGGUCGCCAAGUGGCAGUCUCGACACUUGACGGUCAGCUCACCUUCUGGAGUCUAAGUGAAGCCACACAGCAAGCUGGCCUUGACUCGAGAAGAGACGCAAGCGGUGGACGGAAGACGACUGAUCGGAGAACGGCCGCGAACGUGGCUGGAACCAAAAGCUUCGGCACCAUUGCCUACAGCACCGACGGAACAGUACUUAUCGCUGGCGGAAACAGCAAGUACAUUUGCUUGUAUGCCGUCGAGACUGGAGUUCUCUUACGGAAGUUCACGGUCAGCGUCAAUCUCAGCCUCGAAGGAACGCAGGAAUUCCUGAACUCAAAUCUGCUCACAGAAGCGGGUCCACGAGGCUUACUCGACGAGCAAGGCGAAGCUUCAGAUCUCGAGGAUCGUAUCGACAAGAGUUUGCCAGGAUCUAAGCGAGGAGAUGCAGCCCAGCGGAAGUCUGCACCAGAGGUGCGGGUACCUGGCAUCGCGUUCUCGCCUACUGGAAGAGCGUUCUGCGCUGCUAGCACUGAAGGUCUGCUUCUAUACUCGCUCGACACCGGCGCCGUCUUUGAUCCCUUUGACCUCGAUGUCGACGUCACUCCUGAAACCACUUUGCAGGCUCUUCGACGGACCGAAUGGCUGAAAGCAAUGGUCAUGGCCUUUAGACUCAGCGACACUAGGCUUGUGCGGCAAGUCUAUCGCUCAGUGGCCAUCUCAGAUAUUCGCCUUGUGGUGCGUGACUUGCCGCAAGUCUACCUGGAGCGGUUGCUGCGAUUUGUCGCCAAGGAGGCCGACCAGAGUCCGCAUCUAGAGCUGAACCUCAUCUGGCUGGAGAGCGUACUGAGCCAACAUGGCAGAUUGCUCAAAGAGAAGCAGGGCGAUUACGCAGAGGUCGUUCGGAUGGUGCAGAAAGCGACUGCCAGGAUUCAAAAUGAGAUCAUGAAGGUUGCGGACCAAAACACGCAUACGAUCGAUUACCUGUUGGCACAACCACUGAACGAUCCAUUCUCUGGUAUGCAGCUGAAAGCGAUUACUACCGGCGGGGCUGAGCAGGAGGAAUCGGAUGAUGAUGAAGAGAUGGCAGAUGACGAUGAGGAGUGGAUCGGACUUGAGUAA